GUGUGCGUGCGCGCGCGGCGGCCCAGGUACGCGGACAAGAUGGCGGCGGCAGGGGGCGAGAGCGCGAUGGACGUGGUGCCGGCGCUGGCGGAGGAGGCCGCGCCGGAGGCGGCGGGCCUCAGCUGCCUCGUCAGCCUGCCGGGCGAGGUGCUGGAGUACAUCCUGUGCAGCGGCUCGCUGACGGCCGCCGACAUCGGCCGCGUCUCCAGCACCUGCCGGCGGCUGCGCGAGCUGUGCCAGAGUAGCGGGAAGGUGUGGAAGGAGCAGUUCCGGGUGAGGUGGCCUUCCCUUAUGAAACACUACAGCCCCACCGACUACGUCAAUUGGUUGGAGGAGUAUAAAGUUCGGCAAAAAGCUGGGUUAGAAGCCCGGAAGAUUGUAGCCUCCUUCUCAAAGAGGUUCUUUUCAGAGCACGUCCCUUGUAACGGUUUUAGUGACAUUGAGAAUCUUGAGGGACCAGAGAUAUUUUUUGAAGAUGAACUGGUGUGUAUCCUAAAUAUGGAAGGAAGAAAAGCUUUAACCUGGAAAUACUACGCAAAAAAAAUUCUUUACUACCUACGACAACAGAAAAUUUUAAAUAAUCUUAAGGCUUUUCUUCAGCAGCCUGAUGACUAUGAAUCAUAUCUUGAAGGUGCCGUGUAUAUUGACCAGUACUGCAACCCACUCUCCGACAUCAGCCUCAGAGACAUCCAGGCCCAGAUCGACAGCAUCGUAGAGCUGGUUUGCAAAACCCUCCGUGGCAUAAACAGCCGACACCCUAGCUUGGCCUUCAAGGCAGGCGAAUCCUCCAUGAUAAUGGAAAUAGAACUCCAGAGCCAGGUGCUGGAUGCCAUGAACUAUGUCCUUUAUGACCAGCUGAAGUUCAAGGGGAACCGAAUGGAUUACUAUAAUGCCCUAAACUUAUAUAUGCACCAGGUUUUGAUCCGCAGAACAGGCAUCCCGAUCAGCAUGUCUCUGCUCUACUUGACAGUUGCCCGGCAGCUGGGGGUCCCACUGGAGCCUGUCAACUUCCCAAGUCACUUCUUAUUGAGGUGGUGCCAGGGUGCAGAAGGGGCGACUCUGGACAUCUUUGACUACAUCUACAUAGAUGCCUUUGGGAAAGGCAAGCAGCUGACAGUGAAAGAAUGUGAAUACUUGAUCGGCCAGCAUGUGACCGCAGCGCUAUAUGGGGUGGUCAACGUAAAGAAGGUGUUACAGCGAAUGGUGGGAAACCUUUUAAGCCUGGGAAAGCGGGAAGGCAUCGACCAGUCGUACCAGCUCCUGAGGGACUCGUUGGACCUGUACCUGGCAAUGUACCCGGACCAGGUGCAGCUUCUCCUCCUUCAAGCCCGGCUCUACUUCCACCUGGGAAUCUGGCCAGAGAAGUCUUUCUGUCUUGUCUUGAAGGUGCUUGACAUCCUCCAGCACAUCCAGACCCUCGACCCCGGGCAGCACGGGGCGGUGGGCUAUCUGGUGCAGCAUACGUUAGAGCACAUUGAGCGCAAGAAGGAGGAGGUGGGCGUGGAGGUGAAGCUCCGGUCCCACGAGAAGCACAGAGACGUCUGCUACUCCAUUGGGCUCAUUAUGAAGCAUAAGAGGUAUGGCUAUAACUGUGUGAUCUAUGGUUGGGACCCCACCUGCAUGAUGGGACACGAAUGGAUUCGAAACAUGAACGUCCACAGCCUGCCUCAUGGCCAUCAUCAGCCUUUCUAUAAUGUCCUGGUGGAGGAUGGUUCCUGUAGAUAUGCAGCCCAAGAAAACUUGGAAUAUAACGUGGAGCCUCAAGAAAUCUCACACCCCGAUGUUGGACGCUAUUUCUCAGAGUUUACUGGCACUCACUACAUCCCGAACGCAGAGCUAGAAAUUCGAUAUCCAGAGGAUCUGGAGUCUGUCUAUGAAACAGUGCAGAACAUUUACAGUGCAAAGAAGGAGAACGUGGAGUGAAGACUAGUAGGGGACAUUGGACCUUUGCUGCUGCUGCUAUCUUCCCAGAGAACAGGAUUCCGGAAGAAGACGUCUCCACGGGUCCCUCUGGAUUCACACCACCGGGAAAGCCACUGAACCAGUAGUGCUGUCUGCCUCCUUCCAAGCUGAAAUGACGUGUGCUCCCCUUCAGCUGCAAAGACAGUGUUGCUCUCCGCCUACACUAGUGAAUUCAUUUGAAAGGCACUGUGUUCAGUGGCAUGGCUUGUAUGCUUGUCCUGUGGUGACAGUUCGUGACAUUCUGUCUUCAUGAGGUCUCACUGUCGACACUCUUAGAAUCAUUCUUUUUGUUCCCUUUCCAUUAUGUCUGUUUGCAUUUGUCUCAGAACGUUUCAUUUGCUGGACAGAUGGGGUUAUGUGUUUGCACUCAUUUCUUCCUGAUUUCUCUGUGGAACGUGUGCAGUCCUAAGUCAGGAUUGUUUCUUUUUACCCCGAAUUGAGUUGCUUAUUCAACGGUAACGCUGUAAGUGAUGUGGUAGCCUCUUGGGAAUAGAGACAUUAACAAACUAAUGGUAAUCAGAAUCAUGUGAAUUUAUUUUUUUUCUAAUUUUUAAAGCAGAUUUCAGGUGUUUUUUUUGGUUAUUUGAAUUGGGAGAAUGACAUGGUUUCCCUUCCAUAUUCCUCUCGGGAUUUAUGCUUAUAUCUCAAUGAAUCCUUAGUUUUCUAUUUUAUUAUAUAACAUUAUUUGAGAAAAUGCAUAAUAAUGAUUUUUGUGAAUGAAUUUUUCCACAUUCAUCUACUAUUCUUCCCUUUAAAAUAAGUAUUUUUUUAAAUCCAGUAUCAUGUGUAGAUCUUAAAUUAGUGAUGGGUUCUCUUUAUAGUAGGAAGUACAAUCUAAUGUUAAAAUGUUUGCCUUUAGAAACCAUGCUCUAUGGUCUCCAAAGACCUAAAAAUGAGGUUUCAGGAAAAAAAAAGAAAUAAUGAACCU